GAAGAAGCAAUUGAUACAUAUAAUUGAGAGAGAGAGAGAGAGAGAUUUGAGACACAAGAAGCAGAAAGAAGAAAAACGAAAAACGAAAACCAAAAAUCUAGAAACUACCACAAAAACAAAAACCCUCUUAUUAUUCUUUCAUACCCAUAAUCUUAAUCCUAAUUAAAAACAAUAAACACGUUUAUUUCUUUCUAUUAUAAUUCUCAAUUCCCUUUUUAUUUUUCAUUUUACUCUUUUUUCCUUUCUUCUCAAUCAAAAAGAGAUCUUGUUCUUCUUCUUCUUCUUCAUUGCCCACUUUGCAGUGGAAAAAUCAAUCCCAAUCUCGAAUCAGAGUUUCCUUUUCCCCUUUUCAUCGAUACCUAUUAUUGCUUAGGUAUCCAAAAUUCGUUUUAUUCCCUUUUUUCCAAUCAAUUUUAGUGUUUUUAUUUUUUUAUUUUUUAUAAUUAGGGUUAAAAUUAGGUUUUUUAAUUUUUGAAUUUUCUGUGGGUGUUAGCGAUACUCAGCUUAUUUGUGUUGCUGAAUUUUCUAGGGUUUCAUUGGAUCGUUACUUAAUAGUUGCUGAAUUGGGAAUUUUCGGACUGAUUAGGGUUUUGAUCAAAAGCAAAGGAGGAGGGGUUCUUGCGUGAAAUGGGCACAUGCUCCGAUCUCUUUAGAGGUUCGAAUUGUGGAUUUGGAGAUCAUUUGUACUUGGAGAUUGUUUAUUCUUAAGAUCAUGGUCUUUAACAUUGCUGCUUUUAUGAGCAUGGAAGAGGAUUGUUUAUAUUAAUUCUUGUUUAUUCAGAGAUCACCAAUUUUAGACACCGUUUAAAGGCUGAAUUUUCCGUAUUUUGGCCUUUUUUUCCGUCUUUGUUGGGACAUGUUUCAUGUUUAGGGCCAUCACUGAAAGGAUAAUCUGAUAAUUGUUUGUUGCCCCCAAAGAAAAUAUAGAGGAUAUAAGAUUAUUGCAUUAUUGUAAAGAUCUUAAUCCUAAGCAAUUAGUUAACAGGGUCAUGUUGAAUCAUUAGUGUUUUACUACUAGUUACUAGUUAGUUUGAUUGAGUGGUUGUUCUUGUCGUACUCAACGUUGAUUUUGAAUCAAAUUUCAGUAAUAUUAGUUUCGGCUAUUUGCAUAUUUGGUGAAGGAGUAAACCAUAGUGGUUUCCGUAAUUUGUGUUUGUAGUGAGUAAGAAGCUUAUGGAGGAAUAUUAAAGUUUGAAAUGAAUGCAGUGACAUGGUGCAUGGUCAAGAGAAUAGUUGCUGGUUCGAUCUCUUUCUGGAACAGUACUACUGGAAAGUGAUUGAAGCAUUCUCAGUUUUGCAGAGAGGAUACACUAGGCAUAUCUGGAUUUUGUGCAAUGUCGCGUUGCUUUCCAUUUCCACCACCAGGAUAUGAAAAGAAAUCUAGAACAGAUGAUGUGGAUUUACUAAAAAAGGAAAGGCGCAAAGAAAAAAAACAUAAAAAAGAGAAAAAGGACAAAGAGAAGAAGGAAAGUAAGGAAAAUGGGGAAAAGGAAGGAAGGGAUGGAAAACAUAAGGAUAAAAAGGACAAAAAAGAAAAAAGCAGAGAAAAAAAGAAAGAUAAAGAUAAGGACAAGGACAACGGUAAAGAUAAAAGUAAAAUCAGUGCUGCAGACGGGAGAGGAUCUCCAGCACAAGCUCAGGGUCUUAAUGCUGGUAACCUACAUCAAAAGGAAAUCAAACAAAAUGAUAAGAAAGCUUUCUUGUUUGAAGAUAGACUUACCAAACAGCAUGGCAGUAACAAUGGAGAGAAGGCCAGAGAGAAUAAUCAUCUGGCGGAGGAGAACAAGGACUCUAAAUUCCUCAUGGAGUUGGACAGGAGGGUUAGGAACAAUGAUGGAGGAGCUGGGACUCAAUUGGUUCAACAAUCUACAACUGCAGACUGUAGAAAGGAUGAAGGGACUGUUAGGCUGGUUGCUAAAAUUAGUGGCACCGGCACCUGGCCUGAUGGUAAGGAGAAGCUCCAGAAUAAGGGUGUUGAUGCUAAAAAGAUUGAUGGGAGAGGAAUCCGUGCCGAGGCCCGGCCAAUUGGAAAUGCAACAGUUCAGAAUCAUGCUGUUGAUGGUAAAAAGAUUGGCACCUGGCCUAAUGGUAAGGAGAAGUUCCAGGAUAAGGGCGUUGAUGCUAAAAAGAUUGAUGGGAGAGGAAUCUGUACAGAGGCCCGACCAAUUGGAAAUGCAGCAGUUCAGAAUCAUGCUGGGAACUGUCAUCCUAGACCUUUGGAGAAGAAUUUUGACAAAACUUUGGAAGGAAGAGUUGAAGGAACAGACAGGACUAAGGAAGAAAAAGAUGAUAAACGACGAGAUAAAAGGAAAGAUGAUAAACGGGGAGAUAAAAGGAAAGAAAAAGAUAAGGAGAAAAAAGGGCAUGGGAAGGACAAAGACAGGGAUAAAGAGAAAAAAAAGGAGGAGAAAGCGAAACAGAAAAUAGAAAAUAGAAAUGGCGAGCAGAAUAAAUUAAAAGACAGCAACAAAGCUGGUCUAGUAGACCCAAAUUCUUCUACACAGGUAUCCAAGAACAGCCAUGAGAAUUCUAUCAUUGGGGUAAAUCUCAAGAAACGGAAUGAAAUUGAUUCGAAUGGAGUUCUACAUGCCCAUGAGAAUUCUAUCACCAGGGGAAAUCUCAAGAAAUGGAAGGAAAUUGAUUCUAAUGGAGUUCUACAUGCUCAUGAGAAUUCUAUCACUGGGGGAAAUCUCAAGAAACGGAAGGAAAUUGAUUCUAAUGGAGUUCUACAUGCCCAUGAGAAUUCUAUCACUGGGGGAAAUCUCAAGAAACGGAAGGAAAUUGAUUCUAAUGGAGUUCUACAUGCCCAUGAGAAUUCUAUCAUUGGGGACAAUCUCAAGAAACAGAAGGAAAUUGAAUCUAAUGGAGUUCUACAUGCCAAUGAAAAUUCUAUCAUUGGUGACAAUCUCACGAAACGGAAAGAAAUUAAUUCUAAUGGAGUUCUACAUGCUCAUGGGAAUUCUAUCAUUGGGGACAAUCUCAAGAAACGGAAGGAAAUUGAUUCUAAUGGAGUUCUACAUGCCCAUGACAGUAGGCCCAGUAUGUUGCCAGGACCCUCUUCCUCUCAUCCUUUCACUGAAAAUGGAAGGAUAUUGGAACCUUGCCAAAUUUCCCCUAUAAAUGCUUCAGAUGGGCCUGCAGCCGCCACUAAUGUUAAGGUAGAAAACAAGGAUCGCAAGAUAAAUGGUAUCAUUGAAGUUCCAACAUCUGUGGUUUCCCCAAACAAGAUUCCCACUGCCACAGUGCCAGCUAAUCCCGUGAUUAAAGUACCCAAACCACAUCCAGAUACCAAGUACAUAAGUCAGGUAUAUUCCGUGCCAAAAGCAAAUGAGUGGUCUGAUUUUGAUGACCAAGAGUGGCUGUUUGGCAGCAAUCAUUCCCAAGAAAGAAAACCUGUGGUGAAGUCUUCAGAGGUUGUGGAUACACUGCAGGUAUGGGCAGAAGCUGUUCAUAUAGAACCUGCUGAUGUUUUUGCUCUGCCAUAUGUCAUUCCGUAUUGAUUGACUAUUCAUGUGGCACACGAUACUUCAAAAUUAUCUGCACAAAAAACCAUCCGUUGGCUCACCUCUUUGGGAGAAACAGCAGCCCCUGGGCUAGAAAUUUAUUUCGCACUUUGAUGAUGCAUUCUUUUAUCAUUUGUGCGCUAACUUGCCUUUAUCCUAAGCUGUUUGGAUGGACACUUAUGCUUGGCUGACUACCUUGAUCUAGAACUGAUUUGAAGGGAAAUUUGUGCCACAAAGUGAUUGCAUAAUCUGCAUGCUUGGUGCAUUGCUGCAGGCCAAGUUGGGGGUGUGUAGCUCUCACUUCACGCCUUAUAGCAACAAUUCAUUCACAAAGUAGACCUCAUAAAGAUAGCCACAUGUUGUGAAGAAGGGAUGUACAAGCUUGUGCAACUUUUGUUUUCUUCCUUCAAAAAAUUAUUUUUGCCUAGAGUUGAGCUUGGGCAACUAGCCUUUUCUAAUUUAGAAUGAGAAUUUGAGAGAAAUUAGAUAUGGCUUAUGCAACUUCACCACAAUUUUGAUUUGUAACAUAGAACUUUUAUUCACAAAAUAUGUACGAUAGAGAAGGGAAAAAGUAGUAGCCGGAUUUGCUUAUUUAUCUGUGUAAAAUUUUCUUGGUUAUUUCGUCCUUUUGCACCAGUGCUUGCUAACAGAAAAGGCAAGGUUGAGUUGAAAUUAUUACAAGGGAUAAUCAUACAAGGGUUAUUGUUAAAUUUACUUUCA